CAUCAUCGUCAGACGAUACAAACGUCAAUCAAUGUCACUAUACUUCAACAAAUUCGCCGUAAAGAAACUGUACAAAUUCCUAAAGAAUUAAAGAAAUAAAAAAAUUGAACAUUUGUUAUCAAACCAUGGCACUUUUACCAUUCUCUAGAUUAGUCACACCAAAGCUGUUCUCAACGAAUGUUAAAAUUAAUAUUAGAAAUCUGAUGUCAAAACAACUGGUUUAUAAGGAAUUUGGAGAUCCUCUGCAAGUAGUUAAGUUUAGAGAAUGUGCUGUACCGCCGCUAGGUAACCAGGAAGUGUUAGUCCGAAUGUUGGCUGCACCGGUGAACCCGGCUGACAUAAACACCAUACAAGGAAAGUAUCCUGUUAAAGUAGAUUUGCCGUGUAUUCCUGGUAAUGAAGGUGUCGGCGUUGUUCAGGAGGUUGGGAAGAAUGUGGAGGGAUUUCACCCUGGUAAUAAAGUCAUUUUAACAAAACCAGUACAAGGCACUUGGAGAGACAUUGCUGCCUUUAGUAAAGACUGUUUAAGAAUUGUUCCUGAUGGUUUAGGGACUGUAGAAGCAGCAACUUUGACAGUAAAUCCAUGUACAGCAUAUAGAAUGCUUACAGAUUUUGUACCUGUGAGCGAUGGCUUGGUGGUUAUUCAAAAUGGUGCCAAUGGUGCAUGUGGUCAAAAUGUCAUCCAAAUUUGUAAAGUGUGGGGUAUCAAAAACAUAAAUAUUGUAAGAAACCGACCUGAUAUCAAUGAACUGAAAAAGUAUCUUGAAAACUUGGGUGCAACUUAUGUAUUAACAGAAGAAGAGUUGCGUUCUACAACCAUUUUUAAGGAAAAGAAAAUUGAAAAACCUUUGUUAGCACUUAACUGUGUUGGUGGAAAGAAUGCUUUGGAAAUGUUAAGACAUUUGCAGCAUUCUGGUAAAAUGGUCACAUAUGGGGGUAUGUCAAGAGACCCAGUUAAUAUUCCAACAAGCGCAUUUAUUUUUAAAAAUCUUUCAUUUCAUGGGUUUUGGAUGACAGCAUGGAAUGAAAAGGCAUCACAAUCUGAAAAAGACAAAAUGUCAGAAGAUAUUAUCAAAAUGAUGUGUGAAAACAAACUGAAAGGUCCUGUCCAUAAAAUGGUGAAGUUUGACAAUUAUGAAGAAGCUUUGAGAAAUGCUCUUAGUUCAAAGGGAUUCACUGGAAAGGGUUUAAGGCCUUGCUUGCCCGCUAUUCCAGGCGACGAAGGGGUCGGUGAAGUUGUAGAAAUCGGCAAGCGAGUGUGUACAGUCGAGCCAGGACAAAGAGUUAUCUUAUCUUCUAGAAAACAAGGCACUUGGCGUUACUAUGGAGUGUAUCACGAAAGAAAUGUUCACGUAAUAUCUCCAAUUUUACCACUACCAGAAGCAGCUAUGCUUAGUAUAGCACCAUGCGUCGCUUAUAGGAUGCUAAAAGAUUUUCUAACUGUAAAACCUGGCGAAACUGUAAUUCAGAACGCAGCCAAUAGCCCAUGUGGUCAAGUAGUAAUCCAACUGUGUAAGGCGUGGGGUAUUAAUACUAUAAAUAUUGUAGCCAGUCAUUGUGAUUAUGCAACUGUCAGAAAGCAUUUAUUAACGCUAGGAGCCACCGCAGUGUACACCCUAGAAGAGGCUGAAGAGCUGACAACUUUCGAUACGUCACUGAGUAGACCAGUUUUGGCAUUAAACUGCUUGGGUGGUAAAUAUGAAGAUGUAAUGCUGAAAUUACUUAAUCGCAAUGGUGUAAUCGUUUACUAUGGUUGUUCUUUCGACUUGCCUCUAGCAAAACAAUUUUUACGGUCUGAUACAACUUUCUGCAGAUUUGAUUUGUCUGACUGGGAUAAAAAUGCUACAUCUGUAGAAAAAGAUAUAAUGAUCAAUGAUUUAAUACAGUUAAUGGUUAUUGGUAAAGUUAUAGCUCCAUUGUAUGAACCUUUGGAGCUAAAGAAUUUUGUGUAUGCGAUUCGAAACACUGUUCACUGUGAAGCCUUUUCCACCUUUAAUUAUGUUUUUGAUUUUACCUUACCUUGA